CGCGUGAUGAGACUUGUGGCGUCAGGAUUUUCUUUAAGACGGAAGGCAGGGAGGUUGCAGAGAACAGCUGUGCGGGAGGUGUAAGUAGCGAUGCUGGUGCAAGCAUGGCUAUCCUAUUUGCUGUUGUUGCUAGAGGAACAACUAUACUAGCAAAACAUGCUUGGUGCGGUGGGAACUUCUUGGAGGUGACUGAGCAGAUCCUAGCAAAGAUCCCAUCAGAGAACAACAAACUCACAUAUUCCCAUGGAAGCUACUUGUUUCAUUACAUGUGCCAAGACAGAAUAAUAUACCUUUGCAUAACUGAUGACGACUUUGAACGUUCCAGAGCAUUUAAUUUCUUGAAUGAAAUUAAGAAGCGAUUUCAGACAACAUAUGGAUCGAGGGCACAGACAGCACUUCCCUAUGCCAUGAACAGUGAAUUUUCCAGUGUGCUUUCAGCACAGUUGAAAUACCAUUCUGAAAAUAAGAGUGUCGAUCGUGUAGCAGAGACACAAGCACAAGUAGAUGAACUGAAAGGAAUUAUGGUCCGAAAUAUAGAUCUGGUUGCUCAAAGAGGAGAACGAUUAGAGCUGCUGAUAGAUAAGACAGAAAACCUUGUUGAUUCUUCUGUCACGUUCAAGACCACAAGCAGAAACCUGGCAAGAGCUAUGUGCAUGAAAAAUUUGAAGCUGACUAUCAUAAUUGUUAUCGUAACUAUAGUCAUCAUCUACAUUAUUGUGUCAGCGGCAUGUGGGGGGCUGUCAUGGCCAAGCUGUGUGAAUAAGUAGUGUUUUCUAGUGCAUGAGGAUUGCCCAGGAAUGAGGAAAAUAGUGCACUACUGUUUCACACAUGUAGCAUCCUGUAGAAAAGAGACUUGGAAAAAAAGCCUUUUCUCUUGGACGCGAUGAGUUGCUCUGUCCUCUUCAUUAUUCUCUCAUCCUUCCAUCAUCCCUAAUGGACUUCUACUGUAUCUCGUUACGACAUAUAUAAGGGAAAGGAGGAGUGCGCAGCGCCAUCUUGUGCAAACAGAGCGCUGGAAGAGCAAGUGGUAAAUACAGAUCGGCAUUCUUUCUCUUUGUUGAUUUUUUUUCAGUUCUGUACCACUGAAAAUACUCAUUAACUUCCAUGACUUGUAUCUGCAAAGGGUUUGUGUUUUUAGUCUUUAACUGAAAAUUAAUUACCUUUUUUCAUUUCACUUUUAACUGUUCUUAGAGUCGCUGGAUUGUGUGUUAUACAGCACCUUUGGUUGUUUGAGCCGCUGUAAUAUGCUGUAUGCUAUACCCAAUUCCUCGUGCCUCAUUUAGACACACAUUUUUCUGGUAGCUUAUGUUAAAUUAUUAAAAUGUCUUAAGACUGUGUUCUCAUUCCAGAAAACUUUUUAUCAGUGUAUACCUAGUAGCGGAAUAGACUUAACAUUUCCCAGAAAUGUCAAAAACCUUCAUAUAAGGCACUGCUGGCCGACAGAGAUAAAAAAACAAACUAUUUUCAGAUUAUAUAUAACGAGUUAAUGCUUUUUUUUUGAGAAGGCCUCAUCGUUAAGUAUGUGUGCCUGUGUCUGAAAUGAAGCCAGACUGCAAAGCUACUUGAAAAUCAAAACAUGCAAAAGGAAGACUUUUUGUUUCACUGUUGAGGGAUUAGUGUUCUUACACUUCUAAGGGUCAUUGUGAAAGAAUACGACUCCAUCCACUGAUCUUACUGCUUGUGGAAGGCACUGAAUAAUAAUGCCCACUAAAAUCAAACAGCUAAUUGCCCACAUGGCUUAUUUCAAGCUGCUUUUUCGAUUGGUGGAGAACUGCCGAAACCAGACUGUGAUAGCCUCCAGUUCCGGACACUUUUUCGUUGGUUAAAAAAGGGCAGCAGAGUACUUGCCACAUGUCUCAUUAGUCUUAAGGCUUGAUGCUUUAUUAUAGCACUGUUUAAAGAACAAGCAUGACUAAAAUAACUAGAAUAAUCCACAUUUCUUUUAGUCUUCAUAUGAAGUCCUUUAUAUACCUUUUUGUUGUGUUUAUAUCUUCCUAUUAACAUGCAGCUUUGUAAUUAAAUGUAUAGAAAGAGCUUUCUUUGAUUACUUAGCACUUUUACAACCAAUGUAUAAUGGGAAAUUAGUGAGCCUGCUUAUCUAAGUUGCAAAAGGAUGACUGAGUUGGGAUAGAAAAUCUUCACUCGUUGAGUGUAAUGAGCUGGAAAGCUGUACUAUGUGCAAUAUAUAUAUAUGUAUGUGUGUGUGUGUGUCUUGCUCCAUGUAUUGUUUGUGUAAACAGCAAAUCCACCAAGAAAUAUACAAGCAAACUUGUAUUAAAAUUCCGGAAAAGUAUAAUCUGUCCACAUAUAUAUUUCUCAAUGUAGGUAUGUUCAUUGUCCCCCUCCUCCUUUUUUUUAGUUUUAUUUUUGAGGCCUAUAAAUGUCUGUAUGAAAGGUCACCGAUUUACAUUUAAAAAUAUGAAAAUCUUUUUGAAAUCCGGCAACGGAGACAGGCGUGAUUUAAUGUAGAGCUAAGAAGUACUGAAAUAAACAAUAGCACUGUGAUCAUCACUUAAAAUUUUUAUGUAUUUGUCUCAUAACCAAAACAUAGUUGACACAAUUACAGCUCGAAGAGGCUUGUAGCGACUUUUGCUUCCCCUGUAGCAUUGUUUGCAAGAGACACAUAUAGUAGUUCUAUUACAUGAUGCAUGGUAGAUAAAAUACAAAGAGGAUAAUUAUGUUGUAGAAUUUCAAAGAAAAUGUUUUCUGCUAAGAAUAACUAGCAAAUAUUCCUGUCGUCUGGUACCACAUCUACAAAACAUUAAAAAUCACGUAUCUUUUAUGUUAAAGUCCUGCCGCACUGCUUUUAAAACAAGUAGAGUAUUUAAACACUGAGAUUUGCCAGUCACUUGUAUUAGUAUGUGUGUGCAAUGCUCUGAUUACUUUACAAUACCUGCCAUAUUGUUUGGGUUUCCUUUCAGUCUGGCUAUGAAUAGAAAUUAGAUCCUGAUUUCGCCAGUAUUGACCUAGUUCCACUGGAAUGAUAGAGAUUUUCUAUUUGGGAAUGUUUUUUUUGCCACUUUUGUUUAACAAAUUUCACUAUAUGGAGUUUAACUGCCAAAAACAUUUUAGCUUUCACUAAAGAAAAGAUUGCUGUACGGUAGUGUAAAAAAAAAAAUUGGAUUGAAGAGGAUUGUUGGUUUUGGAUUAUCUGGUGUUAAUAUUUUACUUUAAUUCUAAACAGCUGUGAUUCUACACCACUUGUUCUGGUGAUUAUGAUUAUCGAUCAUAUGAAGGAUUAAUAAAGUAACCUAUAUACGAAA